AUGAGUCAGGCUGAUGAAGGAAGUGCCGCUGACCCAGAGCUGGCGACUGAGAAUGAGUCACCUACCGAGGAGGGACACACUGGCCUGACAGCAGAGGAGGAGCAGGCACCCACUGACCUAACAACAAGUCCUGCAUUUCAGUGUUUAGAUGAGCUACUUUCUGCUGGAAAAAUCACAGACACCAGGGUAGCUGAGCUGAAGGAACAGUACACCCUGCUGCAUGAGGCUGUGAUAAGUUUACAGGAAUCUGAGAGCCAUCUGUUGCAGGAAGCUGAACGCCUGAGUGCAGAACUGGAACAACAAAGUGAACUGGAAAAAGCAGAACAGAUCUCUGAAGAAGCUCCCAGUGAAGGUUCCCAAAUAAGGCAACAACUUUUCAGCUGCCGAAGUGAAUACAAUGCUACUAAAGGAAGAGUGAAUGAAAAUCGGUUGAAGAUAGAAUGUUUGAGAGAGGAAAAAAAGCUUCUGGAAGAUGAAUAUGAAAGAAUGUUAAAAGAAAAGAAAAAUGAUAAAGUUCAACAGUUGAAGGAAAGUUGUGAUGAGCUCAGCGAAGAAGUAAUCCAGAGGAAAGCAGAAAUUGAUUCAAUGAAAGAAGCUGUUUCAUCCAAAGAAAAGAUGAUAUUGACAGAUGAGGAAGAAAUGAAAAAGCUUCAGGAGAUGCUUACUUAUUUAAAAGCUGAGCUAGUUAGGAUCCUUGGUGUUCCAAAGCAACUUGCAAAAGAAACUGAGAAGUUGAAACAGAAAAAAAUUGAUGCAGAGAAGCAGAAUGAAGCCCUUAAUGACCAAAUAGAAGAACUGAAUAGCACCCUGAGAGCCACUGAAAAAAGGACUGAAGAGAUUUUGCAAGAAAAAAAAGAAGUAAUGAAGGAACUGGAUGAGAGACAAACUUUGAUACAAAAGAAUGAACGACAAUGCAAUAAUUUGACAAAAUCACUAGAAAUUAAUGCAGAGAAGGAAUUUGCCAUCCUAUCAGACAGACAAAUCCUGGAAAAUAAUUUGGAUAAAUGUAUCUCGGAGAACAAAAAUCAACAAGAAAUUCUCAGUAACCAUCAAACAAAGAAAGAUAAAGAACUGAAAAGUUUAAAAAAGUUAGAGUUACAACUGAAAAGCAUUUGGGAUUCCUUGGAAGCAGAUAAGGCAACACAUAAAAGACUCAAAUCAGAGGCAGAAAGUAACUCAAAGUACAAUGCAGCGUUAUUGGAAAGACGACAAGAACUGCAGGACGAGAUUGAAACGAUCAAGAGAGAUUUAGCUGAACAGGAAAUGAUAUCAGAAACAGAUGCCCGUGUGUUAGAAGAAUGCAUUGCUGCAGAACGCUCGCUGUUCAAAGAGCAGGAAAAAUGCAGAAAUGAGUUGGCCACACUGACACGUCUGACUCUGCUCAAAGCUGAUGAGAAGCAACUGAAAAGCAGGGAUGUUCAGAAAGCCAAGAUUCAACUCCAAAGUCUUGUUAAAGAACUAAAAAGAUUGGAUAGUGAACUAACCAUCUGCAAGAAGAUGAAAAAAGAAAACGAAAAAGAAAUCCAAGGAGUUGUUAAAAUGUGUGAACUUAUGCAAAUUGAAAAGGACAAAUCUAUAGAUUUGAUGCGUAUUGCCCAGUGGAAAGCAAAAGAAGGUGAACACCGGGUAAAAUUGCUAGAAAAUAAUAUAGAAAAUUUAAGGCAUGCUGUUAUGACCAGAGAAAGAAAAUUGCAGGAGGACUAUAUGAAGAUUAAAAAGAAUGAGAGAAUGAAAGAGUUCAUCAAAAAUGAUUAUGUGAAAGUUGAACAAGAGAUGCUAGAGAAUAAAGAAAAGGAAAAGUAUUUGCAUGUUGACAGCCUUACUGCUGCAGCCACACACGUGGAAAAGGAAAUCUCACAGCUACACAAAAAUUAUGAAAGGGUUAUUGAGCAACGAAAUGAGAGUGGUCUUUUGCUCAGAGAACGAGAAGAAGAAGUGGGCGUUUUGUAUGAGAAAAUAAACAGGCAAGAGGUGUUGUGUAGGAAUGGAGAAACUAAGAUGCAAGUUAUGGAUGAAAAGAUCAGUUUUCUGAAGCUGAAGUUAGUUGAGAAAAAAAGAGAGGUUAAAUUGUAUUUUAAAGAGCUCUCAGUGAAGAAUGCCCUGGAUGCACAACUGGUGAAAGUUCGGACACAGUAUUCCCAAUGCAGGGACAAGAUUAAAAAGCUGGAGGAAAACUAUGGUGAUGCCACAAACGAGAGCAGAAAGCAAGAAAUGGGAGGGAAGGACCCAUCUCCACCUGAGCUGCUAAAAAGGAUUGACAAGAUAGAGGCAGAGCUGGUGCAGAAGGAGCAGAGGCUGCUGAAGAUCGAUUUCCUCUGUGAGAACAUUUCUGACCUGACGGACAGAAUGCGCACGGUGGCGGAGAGCGGCAGGCAGGACAUGCUGCUGUUCGCCAGGAGGAGCAACGAACUGCAGAGCGACAUAAAUCGCAAAACCCAGCAGAUAAGGGCUCUUUUUGCAGAGUUGUCCAUGAAGCAAGCAUUUGCCCUUAGACUCCAGCAGGAAAUCAGAGACAAGGAACAAUCUGUGAUGACUGCUUCAUGGAUGAUAAGCCAAGGCCUUUCCCCUCCCAAAGCAGAAACGGACGAGUGGAAGAUCCUAGACAGUGAGAAGAUACAAAAAGCAGAAGCUGAAGCCAGAGCUGAAGAGCCUCCAGAGGAGGAAGAAGUUGCACUGCCCAGCUACUACUCCACUACCCUGGAGGAGGAGGAGCAGGAGGAGCAGGAGCUGGAGCAGGAGGAGCAGCAGGAGGUGGAGGAGGAGGAGCAGGAGCUGGAGCAGGAGGAGCAGCAGGAGGAGGAGGAGGGACACUCUUCAGAUCAAGUGAGCCCCGGCCAAGACAUCUGAAAAAGCCUCCUGCUGAGCCAUC